AUGGCGGGAAUGUCUCUGCUCAGCACGGCUCUGGUGCGGGAGGCCACCUCCAACGACCCAUGGGGACCCCCCAGCUCCCUCAUGUCGGAGAUCGCGGACCUCACCUUCAACACGGUGGCCUUCGCCGAGGUCAUGGGCAUGAUCUGGCGGCGGCUGAAUGACAGCGGCAAGAACUGGCGCCACGUCUACAAAGCCCUCACGCUCCUGGACUACCUCAUCAAAACCGGCUCGGAGAAGGUGACCCACCAGUGCCGGGAGAACCUCUACACCAUCCAGACCCUCAAGGACUUCCAGUACGUGGACCGGGACGGCAAGGACCAGGGCAUCAACAUCCGGGAGAAGGUGAAGCAGGUCAUGGCGCUGCUCAAGGAUGAGGAGCGGCUGAAGCAGGAGCGGGCGCACGCGCUGCAGACCAAGGAGCGCAUGCCGCGCUCCGGAGCUGCUGGGCAGGGGGUGGCGUUCCAGGCCUCGUCCUCGUCGCCGCGGUUUGCGUCCGACCUGGAGCAAGCGAGACCCCAGACCACGGGCGAGGAGGAGCUGCAGCUGCAGCUGGCCCUGGCCAUGAGCCGCGAGGAGGCCGGGCAGAAGCCACUUCCAAUUUCCAGUACAGACGAAGAAAGACAAUUGCAGCUCGCGCUCGCGCUGAGCAGAGAGGAGCACGAGAAGGAGGUGAGGGCUUGGCAGGGGGAGAACUCCCUGCUGCAGAGAGCCUUGGAGGAGACUGCCCAGGGCGGGGAGGAAGAGGAGGAAGAAGAUAAGAUGAAGAAAAGCCAGUCCUCUAUUAUGGAGCUGGCAGACAUAUUUGGGCCGGCGCCGGCCCCUCCCAGCCACACGUCUGCGGACCCGUGGGAUAUGGCAGAUCUGAAACCCAAAGCAGAGCCGGCAGCCUCCGCCUGGGCUGGCGGGGCCGAUCCCUGGGUCCCGCUCCCGGCCGGGGAGCCGCUCUCCCAGCCAACAGCGUCAUCCCACCAAACCUCCGCCGGGCCCUGGGAUUUCCCCCCUGGUGCCUCCUCCUCCUCCUCCUCCUCUGAUCCCUGGGGAAAGGCGCCCUUGCCUUCUGGCUUCUCCUCUGCGGACCCCUGGGCAAAGGCGUCCCCACCUGCUCAGGCUCCUUCUGGUGCUACGUCGGCUCCUGACCCCUGGGCUGCUGUCACUGACCAACCUCCUAACCCGGAGCUGGACCCCUUCGACGAGCUGUUCCCCGGUGCCAAGCAGAACGGGGCGAAGAGCUUCGACCUGGCCAGCCUGGCGGACUCGCUGCCCGAGUCCUGCAAGGAGAGGAAGGACUGUAAAACCCCGGAGGCGUUCCUGGGCCCCGCCGCCUCCUCCCUGGUGAACCUGGACUCGCUGAGCGGCGCCCCCCCGGCCCCGCCCCUCCCCGCCUCCGCCAGUGCCUUCCCGCAGGCCGGAGCCGGGCCCUUUCCCGAACUCCCCGGCAACCUCCCGCAGCCGCUGCUGCCGCUGAGCGGCUCGGCCGCGCCGCCCGGCCCCGCGGGGCUCAACCCCUUCCUCUGAACGCCCCGGCCUGCGGCACGUGUAGUCUCUCUCUCGCCCCUUCCCCGGCUGUUACAGACACCCCGGCGUUUCCUCGUGCAAAGACCUUCAGGGCAACCGGUUCACUAGCUGCAAACGGAGGAUGCCUCAUUUUGCAACAAGUCCUAUCCCAGCACCUGCCCAGGUCGCGGACAGAGUCAGCAUGAAUAUCCUCGCUUGACGUGCUAGAGAAGAGCCCGUUCCCGCAUGGUGGGUGAAGGA